GGGAGGCAGUGUCCGGAAGAAGCUCUGCUAACAUGGCGGUUAUAUUUUUCACUCCAUGCUUUGGUUGUGAGCAUAGCGUUUAGGUGUAAUGACUGUUUUAAAGUGCGCGGCUGCAGAGAGGAGCAUGCUGCCGGGAUGCUGACGGCCGCGGCUCGGAGCUGAGUCUGUGGUCCCUCCCCCCGCCGCUGUCUCUGCGUCCGUCCGUCCGUCUGUCCGUGCCGUGACUUGUGACCCAGUUUGGUUUGAUGAGCUCGGAUGGCAGGAACACAGAGUGACAUCUUAGAGUGAGUGAAGUCUUACUGGACUGGGAGAAGGAAAAAAUUAGCCCCUGUGAGCAAACUUCAUAAAACCUAACAAUGAGUGAAGUAUCUGUGAAGGUAGAUGAGGAUGUGAUAAAACAGGACCCCGCUUUGGAGCCCCUUGCAGAGCCACUGCUGAUAAUCCUGUCCCCGCCUCCACCUUUCUUGCCUGUCCACGGUGAGCCAGCCUUGCUUUGGUCUAAAUGGCUCAAAGCGUUCGAACACUAUGUCGAAGCACUCAGUGAAAAAGAGCUGGUCGACUCCAGUAAGUGUCUGCUCUUACAGAACUGCCUUGGCCCAGAGGGGCAGCGUAUCUUCACAACACUGAUCCAAAAUGACACCACGUACGCAGCAGCCGUAUCAACACUGACAGCUUACUUCAGCUCUGAUCACACCACUCAGAUGCACCGCCUUAAAUUCCACCAAAGGGCUCAGAUGCCUGGAGAGACUGUAGAUCAGUUUGUGUCUGCUUUAGAAGAGCUGCUCAGGCCUUGCAGUUAUGGACACUUGAAGGAUGAACUCCUCUUGAAUCAGCUGAUUGAGAAAACAAGCUACCCACAGCUCAGAGAGAGGCUUCUGACUGGGAGAGAAAGUAUGACUUUGACCACAGCGUUAGUUAUUGGUAAAGAAGUGGAAACCUUGCUAAACGGAUCUCAGCUGUUUGAUAUUCAUGAAGUCAGCGUGGACAUUGGAGAUGAUUUAGAACCACCGGUUCAAAGAAAAGCUAAAAGAGGAAGGCCUCGCCGUGGGGAAAAAAGGUCAAAAACAAACUCACGCUUGACUAAAACUCAAUCACUCAAACCCAAAGGUAACUGCUACAGCAAAGAUAAGCUCUGUAAUAAUGACAAUGAUGCAGAGUCUCAGACUACUAGUGAGACCAAUCUGACUUGCGAUAAUGAAAAUGGAACCUCAUCUUCAUCUUUACACAAGCUGAACAAGCACUGGUGCAGCAAAACUAGUGAUGGUUUUGAGGAUGACGACAACGCCAAUGAUGAGGACUUUGAGCCGUUUUCAACUAAACCAAAAGGUCCCUACUGUCCCAUCUGCCCCGAUCGCCGCUUCAGAGACGCUCACAAGCUUGCCAGACACAUGAGGACUCACACGAAGGAGAAACCGUUCAACUGCCCUAUCUGCUCUAUGAGCUUCAGCCAGUCGUACCACAUGACCCGACACCUGAGGAACCAGCACGGUGCAGGACAGCAUGUCUGCACUGCCUGUGGGAUAACUUUAGAGAGCUUUGCAGAGUUGAAAAGUCACAAGAGGAAGCACAAGUCAGAUGUUCUGUCAUAUCCAGAAUGUCGUGAAAAAUUACCCAACAGCGACGUGUUUUCUAGUCAUGUCGAGUCAGACAGCAAAAGUUUCUCCACCCACACAGACGGACAAAGUUCUCAGCAAAUCGAGAGAGUCAAAGUGAAGAUUGAAGAAAUAACAAGUGACGAUCCAGCUUUCGGUAACAGGGAUUUUCAGGAUACGGGAUCCGAAGCGAAUGUUUUGAUGGAAGAAGGAAAUUCCGAUGAAGCAUCAUCUCAAGAUGAAGGGAGACCAAAAGAAAACCCCACCACCACUGCGAAAACAAAAGGCCAUUUCUGUCCCAUCUGCAUAAACAGACGCUUCAGAGGGCCAAACAAACUCGCCAGGCACAUGAGGACACACACAAAGGAGAAACCCUUCAGCUGUCCUGUCUGCGCCAUGACUUUUAGCCAGUCCUACCACAUGACCCGACAUGUGAGGAACCAGCACAAUCUGGGCAAAUACAUCUGCUCUAAAUGUGGCAAAAGUUUCAGUAGCUGGCUCGAUAUGAGAGCGCACAAGAAAACCCACGCAGUCGAAGGCCUGACAUGUCUCGCAUGCGAUAAACAGUUCAAGGAGAAGGCUGCGCUUGCGAGUCACCUUAAAUUACACAAGAAGGUCGCGGCGGGUCCUCGAAGCCUCGUCUGCGGCGACUGCGGCAAAGAAUUCCGCCGAAUGUAUCACUUGAAACGGCACAUAGUGACUCAUAGGAAAGCAUCAAAUGGGGAGUGUUUCACGUGCCCUGAUUGUCAGACAGACUUUGCCUUUGUGGAAGACCUCAACAAACACCUGGAGGUACAUGUGAAAGAAAACAAGGGGACCUGCCCAAAGUGUAAUGAAACCUUUGGUAGUCUUGAAGAACUGGAGGUACACAUGGCGGUGCAUCAGAAGUCUUAUUCCUGCAGCACGUGUGGAAAGAAGUUUAAGGUUGAGUAUGCUCUGAAGAAGCACGAGCAAAGUCAUGGAAGCGAACAGUAUUACUGUGCACUGUGCCGCAAACACUUCCUCAAGCUUUCCCACUAUAAGAGGCACUUAAUGGUCCACAACAGGCGCGAAUCUAAAUGUCCACACUGCGACACCGUCUUUCUGCAGUUAACCGCUUUGAAGUAUCACCUGCGGACUCAUACUGAAGAAAGACCGUACCAGUGCACCUGUUGUAUUGAAACCUUUGAGGAGAGGGAAGAUCUAGAGCAGCACUGCCUCAAACACAGGAAAUUCAAGAAGGAGAGGCCCUACUCCUGCACUCGGUGCGAUUUUGCUUUCUCCACCCUGAUGGAGCUGACGGAGCACAUGAGUUCACACGAGGGAGAGCAGCCGCAGACCUGCUCCGUCUGCGGGAGGACGUUCCUGAACAAGAAUAAGCUGGAAAAACACCUGACGAUCCACACAGGGGAGAGACCUCACCUCUGCUCCAUCUGUGGGAACGGCUUCCCCUCCGCAGCGAGCCUCAAGCUACAUGUGCACAUCCACACAGGAGAAAAACCUUACCAGUGUUCCCAGUGCAGUAAGAGUUUCAGGUCGUCCAGCGGGCUGCGCCUACACAGCAGACAGCACAUGGAGGUUCGGCCCAGUUACGAGUGUCCCCAGUGCGGUAGAACUUACGGUCGCAUGACAGAGCUGAAGAUGCACCAGCGCUACCACACGGGAGAUAAACCGUAUGCGUGCACCUGCUGCAGCAAACGCUUUAUUAGCAAAGACAAACUAAAUGUUCACAUGAGGAUACACACAGGGGAGAGACCGUACUCCUGCCCCCACUGUGCACAGACUUUUACACAGACCGGGGACAGAAACAGACACAUCAGUAAAUUCCACCCAUAAGUGCAGUGAAAGGAAAACAACAAAGGCUCGGUGGUUAUUUUGAAAUGACCGUACCAGUGGUUUUGCAUGUUCGUUGGAGUUUGAUGCCUUACUAAUAUACAGAACAAUACAAAACCAAAAUGUAUUACAAGCAUAACUAAGGCAAAUUUAGGCUGACAUGAACAUAAAAGAUGAGGUAACAUAAUUGGUUUGGAUUAUGAACAACACUAACAGAUCAGUUUCUGGCGGUCCCAGUAAAGACUUGUUAGUGCUUAACUGGAGAUUUUUGUGAAGCCAAACUUCACAAAUGGGCAAAGUAUAAAUGCAGCAGAUAUUGUGAAAGACAUCAUUUUUAUGAGCUUUUCAGAAGAAUCAAGAUUAAUGCCUUUUUGGUCAUAUUAAUGAUUUAUGAGCCCAUGCCAGGAUUUCCACUACUCACAUGUCACUUUUAACACAGCCUUCCAGUAUGAUUUUUGUCCCUGCCUCUUGCAUGCAGAGAUUUCUCUGAAUUCUGACUCUGACUUUUAAUGAUCUUCUUGAGUUAGCCCACACAACCCCUCACUUCUUUACUUCUAAGUGGCUUACAAAUCAUUUGAUUCUGUUCAUUGACAUUUGACAGUGAGGGUGAAAACUGAUGUUGAGUCACAGAUGAAAAGCCAGUCACACAGAGCUGCUGUUCAUCUGUCUUAAAUGUUUCUGAGAGAGAGAAUAACCUGUUUAAUGUGUUUGUUUGUUUUUUCUUGUGUCUUGCAAAACUACUCAAAAAUGACUAUCAUAACCUAAAAACAUAGCACUUUAUAACUUUCUUAUAGCACAUAUACUGAGCCAAAAUGCAAUACCUAUUGGAGACAAAAGACAAAUUACACAAAAGCAGCAUGAAAGAAGAAAACUCCCACUUCUUAAAUGCUCAUUUCUUUACUACUGAAAAAAAAACUUUGUAAAUUAACGCAGAGAGCCCAAUUCCCAUCAGGAUUUGUGUUUUCUUGUUAGAUUUUUCUGAAAAGUUCAUGAAUGUGCUGCUUUUUGCUUCCAAACUUUACUUAAUGGGGGAAAAGCAUGCAGAACCACAGUACUGGUGUCACAAAUGGUUUCUGUGUGUACAGUAAGAUGCCUGUCAGUUUGUCUCUGCUGUUUUCUGCAAGUUUCACAGCUGGACUGAAGACGUCGUAUCAUUACUCUUGAAAUACAAAAGCUCUGCAUGACAGUUUAUUCUUUGAGGCUCACGGCUCUCCCUCCUGUGCCUGACUUAUCCUCCUCGUGAAGCACUUUUGUAAAGCACCCUGGUCUUACAGACUGUCACAGUCGUGACCAGCAUGUAAAUCUUUGGCCUUCGACACACACGUCUGCAGACACAUACUGAACGCUCAGACACCAAAAUGUUUCAGCGAUCGCGAUUCAGCAUUUUUAUCUGUAUGUGUGGGCAUAUCUUACACGUCUGAUUCUUUUUGCUUCUCUGAAAGUGAGCAUUUUGUAACUGUGUUUGGAAAAGUGUCCUAAGAAUAAAACGUAUUCACUUCACCAGUACCUGUCGUGAGACUGUGAAACCACAUCAGAUGUGUACAAAGAAACAAUCAUCUGUUAGUUACUCAAACUCGCUUCAGAUGGCAAGUCCUGUGACACAAAAUAGUUCUCCCUCGAGGGGGAGGGAGCAUGUGACUGGUUCUUUUUGUUAGCAGUUAAGAAUUCAGUUUUCAAGAUAUUUUCUAAUAUUGUUUUGGUGGUAAAUGCCAAUAACAGGCUGCAGCUGAUUUCGUUUUGGUGAAACUCAGGUCAGGUCACACCAAAUGUGAAAAACUUUACGUUACACACAAUCUUUAAUGGAUUAGUUUUAAACUUUACAACAAUAUACUAGGCGUUGGGGAACAUGAGUACCCAGGUUUGCUAUAUCAAAACUAUAUCGAGUAAUCUAUGAUAUGAAAGGACAUGGCGAGAGCUAUGCAACACGCUUUUUACUUUUUCAGUAUGACCACACAGUGGCGCCAUACCAAUAAAAUGGAAUAAAAUAUCAGAGUUUUAGUAAAGACGUUGCCUUUCAGGUGGGCGUUGUGCUCUCUGAGUGGUCUUUGUUUUUGAUGCUGCUCACGAGAAUGAAGAAGCAGCACUGUGUCAGACUUUGCUGCUGUCGUGUUGUAAAGAGCAGUGAUGGCAACAGGGAUAUUAUUGUUUUCAGGUGUGUACGCGAGCAGAAAACAGAACAAAGGAGGGGGUCUUCUACCCAGCCCGGUCUGCUAUUUUACAAAAAAAACCUCUUCUCCAUCAAAGCUUCUGCAGGCCAGACUGCCCUGAUAGCUUUUGAAAAUCACCCACAUUUCAGGCAGCUUGAAAACAGACUAUUGUGUGGCAGUAUAUUUCUGUGGAGGAAAAAAUAAAA